AUGGUGCAAGGUGCCUUAGUGCGGCAGAUGUAUCCACCACCAAUUGGUCCAAAAAAUGACCAGAAACCAGUAUUGUGUUGGGAGGACUACAAGUGGUCCCCUGGCCCAGAAGUAAGAUCAAAAGCUUCCAAAAUUGUGGAAGAAUUUUGGUGGCAUUUCAAGUGUGACCCAUUGGAGCAAGAGAAGGCAGAUGGUGUUUUGGAGGAGAACUUGACUAGGAAAGUGAAACAGAUGCUACAUGAGGAAAAUGUGGCAGCCAUCAAAAGAUUAAUGAAGAAGGGACAAUUGCCUGCACAACUAACAGAAGUGGAUGAGAAUGGUAACCGUUGGCCAACUAAGGAAGCUUUAAUUUCUGCAAAGAAAAUUGACUUUGGUACCGAUGAGGAUUUUUAUAAGGCAAUGAAAAAUGCUCAUGGAGAAAAUUGGGAAGAGGAGCACCCAGAUUUAGAUGGACAAAUCAUCUACGAAGCAGCAGGUAGAAUGCCACAUGGCAGGCUGGGAAUUGCUAAUGAGUUAUUUAGCAAAGCAGAGAAGGCCAAGUUUAAGUCUAAAAGGGUGAUGGCCUCACAACCGGUGCGGUCUGCUAGGGAGGACCGUCUAGAAAGAGAGAACAAACAUUUGAAGCGGGAGAACAAGCAUCUUCGAGGCAUUGAGCUUGUUGUGCAGUCAUUGGCUGAGAAAGGGGGAGUGGACUUUGAUGGCAUAAUGCAAUCAGCUGCGGCUGACUUGUCUACAUCAGAUUCGGAAGGCCGAAUUCAUAGGGGACGAGGUGAUGUGCAUCAAAGCGAACCUGAAAAGGGAAUGGGAAGCAGGACUGGAGGCAGUACCAGUAAUGGAGAUGAUGAUGAGGAUGACUACUAUGGCAGCGAGGGAGAUGAUGACUAUGGCGAGGAUGGUCUAUAUGGUGAUGAGCCAUAUGAUUACUAUGGUGGUGAGGGAUAUAAUGACUAUGAAGAUGAGGAAUAUAAUGAGUAUGUCAAUGAUAAUGAUGAUUGGCCAUAAAAGUCUAGUGAUCUUCAAGUCAUGCAAAAAUCAAGUUAUGUUAGAUGUUUGAAAUACUUUACCUUAUCGAC